GUUCGAAACCAGACGACGUCGCAGCCGAGUGUGCGACGCGACGCGACGUGUGCUAGAAUAGAACAAGCAUAUAUAUAUAAUAAAUAUAUAUGCCAUAGAUAUAUACUAGGCAUUAGUCAACCCGUCGUAUGAAAUGAUAUAUUAUCUUUAUAUAUAUGUGAUAUUAAUGUGCAAAAAGGGAAAAUUCGCGUAAAUCGAGUGAAAAGGGUCGAAUGCCAGCUAUAAAAAGAAAAUUUGCAGGCAAAAGUGAUAUAAUUACAUUUUCAAAUACUUUUUCCAUACGGUCAAUUUGGUCAAAAUAUGAACACGAGUUAUAAAUAGAGCCAUGCGCUAGACACACACGCAUACACGUAAAACAUAAAACGAGAACUGAGUAUUGAGGAAAGAAAAAUUCUAUAGAAGAUGAUGGAGAAUGCAACUGAUGUGGCCUCUGGAGCUCGACAGCUGCGCCAUCGACGUCGUCCGGGUCGAAGUCAGCGGGAACAGACACCCGAUGCCAGCAGACAGGUGAAGCAGCGGGAUCGGGAUUGGGAUGAUGACGAGCAGCUAGAGCCGCAGGUUGUGAGCAUGCAGAUUCGUCCGCCGGGUGCGAUGUCCGCCCACGAGAGCAAGAUCUUGAGGCGUCGUGACAAGAACUUUGCCGGAAAUGCGGCACGCAGUCAAUCACAGCCGCGUGAGGCGGAGAAACUUAGCAGUCCCGAUGCCCAUCAGCUGAUCAAGCAUCGCAGUUUGUCCUCGCCACGUCACAAGGAGCUGGAGUCCAGCGAGAGUGAGCUGACAGGCAGCUCACAAUCGUACACAGCUCAACAGCAGCAGAUGCAGCGGGGAAGCAAUGCGCUUACCCGACUGGAGCAGAAUAUGCUUCGAUUCGAAGAUGAGCGACGUCGCUUCGAUGCCGAGAAGCGACUGUUUGAGCGUGAGAAACGCGAGCACAAGUUGCGUCAUCGUCAGCAGCUGGAUCAUGAGGAACGCAAACGUUUGCUGCAGAACUAUCGCAAGAUCAGCGACGGUUUUCAGUUGCCCCAAGACGAGGAGGAGCGUCGUCGCCUAGUGCAAAGUCUGCGGCUGCAACGCAACGAGGCGCCCACAGUGCGGCUUCGUAAUCGCAGCAGUGGCUACGAAGAAUCCUCAACACAGUUCAGUUCAUCGGAUGCGGACACCGCCGAGGAACAGCAUGCCAGGCUUAAGCCAACAAUGCGCAAGGUCACUGCACCUCCAACAGGUUACAUAGCUGCUCCGAUACGUGGCGCUCCACCGCCGCCACCCACACAACAGGUGGCGCCAAAGCCGCCCGAACGUCGUUCUGUGUCGCGAAAUAACUCGCUGUCGCCGGUGCGUCCUCAGCGACGCUCCAAGACUCCAGAGCAGCGUGCGGCAGCGGUCGAGGAAUUCAACCGCAAGCAGGAAUACGUGGAGGUGGGUGAAACUCCGCUGGCAACGCCGCUGAAGCCCAAGCUCAGCGAGGAGGAGCAACGCGCAGAGCUACGUCGUGCCUACGUUGAGGCGGCUGAGAAAGCCGCAGCGGCUGAGGCGGCGUUGGCUAGGAGUCUGGGUGUGGAGCGUGUGAGGCGCAGCAAUAGCCUCAAAGUGCCACAGGAGAGCGAGCAGAAGACGCAAGUGGAGACGAAGCGCAGUUCCAGUCUGGAGCGACCCAAACGAAGCAAACGUACGCCAAGCUUGGAGCGUCCCAAGUUGGAGGAAGUGUUGCCGGAAACUCAACCCGAAAGCAGCAAGGAGUUGCCAGCUGCAGAAGAAACAACUGCAGCUGAGUUGCAGCCACUGCCAUUUGUGGCAGAGGAGCAGCAACCAGAGAAGAAGCCAUCGUUGCUGCAACGUCUGAGUAAUCUGUUUAGACGCAAGCAACCAAUCGAAGAAUUGGAGCAAUCAAAUCAAGUCGCUGAUCCCGAGCAGCUUAUGUCGCGUGCAUUUCUGAGACACUUCCGCUUGGAGGCGGUUCACGAGUGGCGUCGCCUCAAGCUGGAUUAUCCCGUGCGCAUGGAGGAGAUGCGAAAGCUGCGCAACGAGUGCAUUGGACACCUCAUAUUGCUGAUGCUGUUGCUGGGAUUCGGAGGUCUGUUAUUUCGUUACACGGAGGGUGCGUCGGAGGACAUUUACAAAUGCGAGGUGCGCAAGGUGAAGCGCGACUUUAUCGAACAACUUUGGACUUUUAGUCACAAUUUAAGAGAGGAUGACUGGAAGUCCUUGGCUCGCCAGAAGUUGCGCAAGUUCGAGGAUGAGCUCAAUGCACUGGCCGAGUUGGGUCUGCGUCGAUUUCCCGGUCAGAAGUCCUUCAAUUUUGUCAAUUGCAUCAUUUACUGCUGGACCGUCAUCACAACAAUAGGUUACGGUCACAUAACGCCAAAGUCAUACAUGGGACGCAUACUGACCAUAGUCUACGCCAUCAUUGGCAUUCCGUUGUUCUUGAUUGUGCUCGCCGAUCUGGGCAAGCUUUUCACGAGAAGCGUCAAGUUCUUAUGGGUAUAUGUGAGGCGUAUUUACUACACGCGCUCCUGCCGACGCAUACGAAAGCAGCAACAGUUCCGGGACGCGAUGACCGGAAUCAACACGAUGUACGACAUGGCCCGACGACCGAGCAUGUUCUUUGGCAAAUCCGACGCUGUAGAAGAUGAGGAGUCGCGAGUCGAUGAUGAUCCUGAUGCUGAGGCGGGCAAAUCGCUGGGCACAUCGCAUCCGGAGACACCGACAUCGCCGUAUCCGGAGACCUUUGAGGUGGACGAUGAAUUUAAUUUGCCCAUCUCGGUGGCCACUUUGCUGCUCGUCACCUACAUUAUUCUGGGCAGCCUAAUGUACGCAUACAUCCUGGAGCCGAAUUGGAAAGUGAUAGAUGCCUUCUAUUUUGUGUUCAUCUCGAUGUCCACCAUUGGCUUUGGCGACAUGGUGCCCAGCAAUCCCUUCUACGUGAUGCUCAGCAUGAUCUAUCUGAUCUUUGGCCUCGCCCUCACCUCCAUGUUCAUCAAUGUGGUGCAGAUCAAGCUCAGCGAUCACUUCAAGGCUGCCAGUGCCAAGGUGGGUGCCACCAUCGGCAUGGGCAUGGCCAGUGAGUAUGACGACGGCUCCCAAAUAAAGACUCCAUCGGAGAUGGCCUCAGUGCAUGGCUCUCGCCUGGGACGCAUCGAGGAGGAUGGUCACGAGUCGCGUGGAAAUGAAGCUGCUGCAAAUUCGCGUCAGCAACCGCCCCUGACAUCGAUACUACGGCCUCCACGCCCCCUCUCGCCAGCGACCACCACGAGGGACAGCCCGCCCCCAUUGGCGCCCAGACGUCCAAUAAGUCCACCAGUUGUGCCAGUAGCAGAGGCUCCAAAGAAGAAAUACAGAUUCUUCUAGCCAAAGAAUGGAAAUUGAGAUCGCAUUUGACUCUUUGAGCAAGGAUUCGAGGAGGCUUACAUGGGGAGUCUUUUGAGCCUGAAGAUUAACUAAUUUUAAGCAAAUUUACAAAUGACAAAAAUGAAAGCGAAUUUAUGCUCCAGAAAGAGCCUAUUUAUUUGUUUCUCUAAUAAUUUAGUGUAAAAUAUAUACGUAUACAAAUAAAUCUAUAAUCA